AUGAUCCUCACACAGAUCCUACACGCGUCUCUGUUGGCCUUGCUAUCCCUGCCAUUUGCCAGAGCCGACCAAACGGCAGAGGUCGUGCUAGUCAAGCCUGCGAGCUCUGCAGCUCAUGGACGUUGUGCUACCCCCAGCAUCAGAAAGGAAUGGCGCACGCUCUCCCGCGACGAGCGAGCUGACUUCAUCCGAGCUGCUAACUGUUUAGCACGGCUCCCUCAUACCCCAGAUCUCAAGCCCUCCGUAUUCCCUGGAGAUAUCCCGCCUAUCAAUGAGUCAGGCUCUUAUUUCGAUGACUUUGUCUAUAUCCACAUGGAUCUUAAUACUAAGAUACACUACACCGGCCACUUCUUCCCCUGGCAUCGGUGGUACAUUAAUGCUUACGAGACCGUUCUCCGGGAGAAAUGCGGGUUCCAAAGCGUCCUUCCGUAUUGGAACUGGUCUAUGGAUGCGACGGACUUCCAGGGUUCCGACUUCUGGAAGGACCCCGACCCCGUCAGCGGCCUUGGAGGCUGGGGAGAUCCCACAAAGUAUUUCGCUGUACAGGAUGGUGGUCUGGCUGGCCUCCCUUUGUCCUAUCCGUCGUACCACGUAUUGCGUCGUAACUUCACACUGAAGCCGUACUCCAACGCGCCGAGGCCUUGGGUGACCGAUCCUGACUGGUACGGCAAUAAUAGCUUCACGAUUGGAGAGGUCGCGAAGAUGAUCAACGGUUUUACCGGGGACUUCGUCGGGCUGCAGACGGAAUUGGCGAAGUUCCAGGGGUCGCACAAUAGUCUUCACUUCAUAGUCGGAGGUGAUCUUGGUGGUACGUGUCCCGCUGGUGCACCUCCGGACUGUGUACCUGGACCAACCUUCUCAGUGAAUGACCCGAUAUUCUUCCUCCAUCAUGCGAUGGUUGACAAGAUAUGGUGGGACUGGCAGAACAGAGAUAGGGCCAACUUCUGGCAGUUCAGCGGGGGGACUGUCUCUGUUCUCGACGAUUACCCUCAGUUCCAGAAAUACCCCACUGGCGCACCGCCAAUGAUGAGCAACCAGCAUCUCACAUCUGUACGGGUGCAGCUCCUGAAAGCGCUCCGGGACGUCCGCGGCCAGCGACUGCGUGACACGCAUAAUCCUGUCGCUAUAGUCGAGAGGGUAGACGCGCGCUCACAACCUUUAAUGACCUGA